CACACUUCAAUUAUGGCAUACCUUCACACACCACAGUCUCCACCUCACAACAUUUUGCCUCCAGUACAAGCCCACAGUGAUAGCCUGUGUGUGUAUCCACCUGGCGUGCAAGUGGUCCAACUGGGAGAUACCAGUGUCUACUGAUGGAAAACACUGGUGGGAGUACGUAGACAGCUCUGUUACUCAUGAGCUACUUGAUGAGUUGACCCAUGACUUUCUACAGAUUCUGGAGAAGACGCCCAGCCGGUUAAAGAGAAUUCGCAACUGGAGAGCAAUCCAGGCUGCUAAAAAGCCCAAAUCUGAGAGCAUCCAGCUGUCUGAUACCUCCUUAGCUGGCCCUUCCAUGCUCCAGGACCAUUCCCUGUGUGACAACUCACUUGCUGGAAUACCCCCCUCAAGUUUUUCUAAAGCAGGUGCCACCUUCACUAUGUCUAUGUCUGCUCAGUCUGGUGGGGCACCAUUGUCACUGGACUCCAUGACUGGCACCUUCAACCCGCCGAGCCACAGUGAAUGGCCCCAGAGCAACCAGAGUCAAGCAGGUUACACAUCUGACUGUAUAAAGCAGGAACCCCUCAACACCUCUCAUCAAGAGCAGGGACUGUCCUUGCAGCAUUCUCUGCAUCAUAAUUCCUCAGCAUCCAAGACUGAUAAAACUGUAGAUCUUAACAUUGUCAAACAUGACCUAAAAGGAGCCAAUGUGAGUGGAACUGGCAAGCAUCAGUCACCUACUUCAUACUCUUAUCCUCAGUCAGCUCAACCUACACCAACACAACUCUCUUUAACCCCCAAACUGUCGUUGGACAAACACAGAGAAAAACACACUGUAGAGGUUGCUGUUACUGGCCAGAAAGUCAGACAAGAACAGCAUGCCGUACUCAUUGAGAACAACACACGGGGGAAUGUACUGUUGUCGUCUUCAAACUAUGCACCGUCUUUGAGCCAUGUCCAUCAUAAAAAUUCACACACAGACCAGAUUUCCCAGAGUGCACAGGGUUUAGGUAGCAGUAGCAGCAGAACUGCCUCACCAAUGAAGAAUAGAAUUCCUGUCACAAUGGACAGAUGUCAUCACAGUGACAAAUGGGACAAAAGCUCACUCAAUCUCCAUUUGGCAAUUCCUGGCUCUGGAGGAAGCUCAAAGAUGGACAGAAACAAAGAGGAAUUUAAGAUGAAGAUUAAGGUUUCCUCAUCAGAGCGUCACAGUUCAUCUGAUGAAGGAAUGGCUACCAACAAGAGUAAGCAUUCCAGCCCGCUGGUGAACAAGGAGAAACAGCAUAGAAGUGUGGAUCACAACGUUCAUCGCCAUCACAAGUACAGUCACCCUAACCUGCACUCUCACAGCGGAAAUGGGCAAGGAGGCUCAGAGGGCCCCAAUAGUGGAGGAGGCGUACUUCGUGGUGCUCCAGGACUGAUUACCAUAGAAGGAAUAGCGCUUCCUCAUAGCGGAUCCACAUCUUUGACUUCUUCCUCGUCACGAAAGAGGGCAUACCUUGAGGCUAAUCACAAUCAACACCAUUCCGCCUGGUCCUCUACUUCUAGUUCCAAACUGAGCAAAAUCUCCAAGGGUGGCACUAGUGCUGCAGGUGGGCUGCGGACCUCACAACAGUACCUUCCUCCUAAUGAAUCACCCCAUGAAGUGGGAGACCAGAGACACUGAGUGGACCAUUCUACAGCCUUGGUCUUCAAAUGGAAAGGGCAGAAAAUUUCCCACAGUUGAAACUACUAUGCCCACUUCAUUGUUAAGUGCCCUCGGAGAAGUAGGCGAUGAUAAAUCCUAAAUGUAGACGUUUUAUCUGCAAAAAAUGAAGAAUGUUUGGGCCUUUGAUGAAAAAAAUGAACUUAAUGCUUCCAUACAGACCUCUGGGCUGUGAUCCUCAGUCCCAUCUUUUUCUUGGUGUCAAAUUGCUUUUGGGCUCUCCUUCCUCAAACAGCAAAGAAGUCACAAAGUUUUGUGUAGAUGGGGUGUGUAUUUACAUGGAGGUGGAGUUUCUCCCAGAAUUUCAAAUCUCCAUUUUGAAAAGCUAAUACAGUAUAUCACAUUCUCUCAAUAAGUAAUGCAAUAUGCACUGCACUCAUUUUGUUUUUUAUUUUUAAUUACACUUUGUAUGAAGUAUGGUCAUGACCAGCUGGAAAGGAGUUAAGCUUCAGUUUGUUGGCAUUCCAUAUGGUAAUCUUGGUGGAUGCCUUUUGAGUUUCAUCUUCUUAGUGGCUUUUCUUGAUUUAUUUUUACACUUCAGUACUGAGUUUGUAAGUCUUCAUCAAAGGGAUGAGAAGUUGGAACAUACUAUUCACAGGAAGUGGAGACAAAUGUACAUACGUUUUUGUAUGGUAAGAUAAUUAUAUCAAAUACUCAGGUUUGGGUCUGCUUGUAAUUAUGACGGAGUAGUUGUAAAAAGUUUAAAAUGCUCUUUUUUGUUAAACAGAUUGGGCACUAUUGGUGGAAUGCAGUGUUCCAGAGGCAUGUACUGAAACAGCCCUCCUACAGCGGGUGCUGCUUUUUGUCGUACUACCCAUGUGGUAUGAGUUGCACCAAAAAAGCAUACAAGUAUGGUUCAAACUUAAUAUUAACACACAAAAUUGACAAUUGUAGUGUGCCAUGUAAGUCUGAAUAUCCUUUGAAGUGUUGUACAUUAGUAAGGCACUGAAGCCUUUUACUUGUCAGCCAUGUUUACAUACCCAAUAGUACUAUUCAAAAGAAAGUAAUUUAUGUAAAAUGCCCUUCUGUUUUUAUUUUUUCAUUUUGAGAAGUGCAGAUAUUUUGGACAGAAAUUGAUAGGUUGUUGUCAUCCUCUUGAUAUAUCUACAACUAUUGUCUUCACAACAGCUCUGUACAUUAAACUUCAACCCUAACUCUUACCAUG